CACCGGCAGGUUAAGGCUCAGUGCAUCGUUGAUUUUAAUUCCGUUAGUCUGACGAGGUUUGGCAGUUAAUUUAUCGAAACGGAUAGAAAACGUGUUUCCAGGUAACUGGAAGGAUAACCAGGAAUUAGCCCUGUCCUUGUGCAGUGUUGGAAAACAUACAAAAGCCCGUGCUGCCUUCAACUUCCAACAAUGAACGGCAUAAAAUUAAAGUAGACACAACGCUUUACAUUUUCUGUUUUUGCUGACUUGCUUAAGGAUGGCAGAAAGUCGUCACCAUGAACAAGAUAAGGAGCGCCUGAGGGAACCAAUGAUAUAUUUCCACAGCUACUUGCUUGGAGGAACCUCUGGCUUGGUAUCCACCCUCAUUGUCUUUCCUGUCUACAAAACUGUUUUCCGUCAACAAAUCAACAACAGCCCACUUCACCUGGUAGUGGCACAGCUCUACAAAGAGGGACCUGUAAAGCUCUUCAGGGGUGUGUCCCCACCAUUACUGAUGAGGACGCUGAAUGGCACCCUGCUCUUUGGCCUCCAGGACACCCUCCUCCGCCAGCUCUCUCUGUCAAGCCAAAGUGUCAUCUCCACCUCUGCCCUGCCUGCUCUGGCUGGGUUUGGUGCAGGUUUGGUAGAGGCUGUUGUCUUUACCCCCCUUGAGCGUGUCCAGAAUGUGUUGCAAAAUAGCCAAAACGACCGUCAUCUCCCCACGUUGAAAAGCGUUCUUGUCAGGCUGAAGACACAGAGCCUGGUCAUAGGGUACUACAAAGCCUUCCUGCCCAUCACAGCCCGCAACGCUCUUGGCAGCUCGCUAUACUUUGGCCUGAAGGGGCCCGUGUGUGAUGUCGUAGCGGGACAGGGGCUCUCGCCGCUGGUCUCCUCCUUUCUCUCAGGGACGCUGACCUCCAUGGCAAUCAGCCUGGCUCUUUACCCACUGUCUGUGCUAAUUGCCAACAUGCAGGCGCAGGUGGGAGGGGAGGUGACGGGGGUCAUGGCUUAUUGGAGGAUGCUGUGGAAAUCUCGGCAGCGGAGUGUGGCUCUGCUGUACCGAGGCGGUUCUCUGGUUAUUUUGAGAUCAUGCAUCACAUGGGGAAUCACCACUGCUAUCUAUGACUGUCAGAAGAAAAAUUCAAGCUGAAGAGUGUUUGUUUUAUUGUUUGUAUUAAUUAUUGUCCAGAAAACAAUGCAACCGUUAAAUUUUUUAAAUGUUGUAUUUUGAGCCCCUUGUGUUAUAUUCCUUAUCACUGCUCUUUGAAGGUAAACAUAUCUGCAAACAAGGGGCUUUACCUCCCACACGUCCCACCUUUUUUUGCAGAUAUUUCGCAGCAGUGUUACUAUUACUAAUGACAUUAACAAUGGCAAUGUGUCCCAAUAUGCCGUGACAGUAAGACAGCUUGUACAGUACCAGGACCCUGAUUUGGAAGCAGCUAAAUUGAAUUGAACCAUCAUUCAUUUUAUUAUUUUCCCCUGUGCUUUUCCCUUGUGACAUGUCAAAAUGUCUUCGAUUCCCUUCGUAAUCGCAAGCGCAGCCUCAAGGACAUGAUCCCUCAACCCAUUCACUCCCAAGUCAUCACAUAUAGUCUGUGAUAUAGACUCAUGGUCAAGACCCCUUUGGCAUCAGUUUGUAACACAGUGGGAAGCCCUUAUUAGCAGGGUGCAAUCACUUUUAUUUUAGUAAUGCAUAAAUAUUAACUUAAUAAUAAUUUACGUUAUUACCAGGCUAGGUCUGAACUUACACACAGCUGGUGAAGCAGGCUGCUGGUCCACACCAACAAACACUGCCAGGACUUGAACCCCAGCCUCCAUGGUGGUGGGCGAGUAUUUAUUAUGAACCAAAGUAGUUUAUGCACUUGAAAAAUAUAAAUAUGGUACUGGUGAAUCACAAGUGCCUUGUAUUUUUAUUGUCUUAAAGGGGAACUUUUACUCAUCAAAGUCAGUUUACUUAUCAUGGGAGGUGUUACUGUAAAAACAGGUGUAUAAAGUCUUUUGUGAAGGAGCUUUGCUUUUCACAAGUAUUUUCAGGAAUUUUUGCCAGUAGAAGGAAGAAAUUACAUCGACUAAAGGUCACCAUGGAGUUUUCUGAACUCUGAUGAUGCUGUCAGGGUUAUCUUGGACUGGAGAAUAUAACUUACAUAGAACAUAAAGCCUGAGCUACAAAUUGGGGUGUGUACUUUGUAAAGGAUGGUUAUUUACCAGGCAUGUGGCGUCAACAAGAUUGGUUUUAGUGUGGGAAAAGUAGGAUCCAUGCUUUUUAGGGCUGGACCAGUAUUUGGGACUGAAGUUCAGGAAAUCUCAGCCUCUGCUGCCUUUAUUAUCACUAUCUGUCUUUUGGGAGUCACCCAAAUACCUGAAAGUGCACUAUAUCACUGUGGUGCUUCUUUAAGUGCAUGAAGGAGAUGCAUGUUCAUGGUGUAUUGACAAUGUAAUUAAUAUUAUGCAUGA